CAAGCCCAGGCCUGGACGCUGCCACAGCCACCUGAGUUUAGAGGUGAAGGGACUUUAGAGACCACCUGGCCCAAGGAGUGAAAGGGAACCUGAGAGAAAGGGUGAACCAGCCCAAAGUCAUUGGCAGAUUUGACCUCGUAAAUACAUGGAGAUGGCUUUAGGGAAGGCACUAGGAAAGAGAGAAAAGAGAAGAAGACAGUCCUGAAAGUUGAUCAUAUUUGGGUGAGUAUCAUUCUCAGGGCAAAUUUAGGAUCAGAGGAUGUAGAAGGGGGAGUCUAGAGGGGUAGAGUGUAGACCACAGGGUGAGUGGGCUGAUUUGAGGAUGGGGAGACUGGGAGCCCACCAGUGACCAGAGCCAGCCCUGUGCAGGGCUGUCCGGACAGAAGAAAGCAGUGUCAGACCUGGAAUCUGCCAUCAGCAAAGCCUGCAAUUGACAGACAAGCCCAGAGCAAAGAAGGAAGCACUGCACAUCAGUAAGAGCUUGCCACCAGUGGGGUCAGUUUCCAGAAUCAGGAAAAUAAUCACUGGGGGCAAGUUUGAGGCUGGUACUAGAUGUGUGGGAGGAGACGAGGUAAGGGAAAGAGUGCUUGAAGUUGGAAUUGGUCCUUGCAGGGAAAUGUAGAUUUAUGAAACCCCCAAAAGUGAUGUCAAAGCACCUCCUGCUUUAGGCAGAGUCCUCUCUGAGUCUACAGGUGCUGCCUUCAGAACCCCCUUCCUGAAGUGCAUCCCUAUGCAUCGAGAAAUUCUGCUGCGAAACGUGAUGGUCAGACCCUUGGCUGCCUGAGAGGUUCAGGCUGGCAGAAGAAUCAGGAAAGCCACAGGGCAGCAGGGGCAGGUGCCAGCAAGGAAGGCGGCCACACCAGGAAGACACCCACGGUGAGAGGUGCAGAUGGCCCAAGGGCAAGUUUGCUCAGCUCGCCCAGCUUUGCUCUUGCUGGGGCCAAGAGGACUCAUGUGCCAGGGCCAAGGGCACUUGGGGGCUCUCACAGCUGGCUUAUCUGGGCUUCAGUUCUGGAGGGCCAGGAACAAACAAGCUUCAAAGCCAAGGGCUUGGCUGGCACACAGGGGGCUUGAUCCUUUAUCUCUGUCCUCUCUCCCUAUGGACACAUAUAAGACCCUGGUCACACCUGGGAGAGCAGGAGAGGACAGCAUAGCACUUGCAGCAAGAUGGAUGUGGGCAGCAAAGAGGUCCUGAUGGAGAGCCCGCCGGACUACUCCGCAGCUCCCCGGGGCCGAUUUGGCAUCCCCUGCUGCCCGGUGCACCUGAAACGCCUUCUCAUCGUGGUGGUGGUGGUGGUCCUUGUCGUUGUGGUGAUUGUGGGAGCCCUGCUCAUGGGUCUCCACAUGAGCCAGAAACACACGGAGAUGGUUCUGGAGAUGAGCAUCGGGGCUCCGGAAGCCCAGCAACACCUGGCCCUGAGUGGGCACCUGGGUACCACUGCCACCUUCUCCAUCGGCUCCACUGGCCUCGUGGUGUAUGACUACCAGCGGCUCCUGAUCGCCUACAAGCCAGCCCCUGGCACCUGGUGCUACAUCAUGAAGACAGCUCCAGAGAGCAUCCCCGGUCUUGAGGCUCUCACUAGAAAAGUCCAGAACUUCCAGGCCAAGCCCGCAGUGCCUUCCUCUAAGCUGGACCAGGUGGAGGGGCGAGAUGCAGGCUCAGCACCCUCCAGAGGGGACCCGGCCUUCCUGGGCAUGGCCGUGAGCACCCUGUGUGGCGAGGUGCCGCUCUACUACAUCUAGGACUCCUCAAGUGAGCAGGGUCAGUGGAAGCCCCAGGGGGACAGGAAACGCCCUGGGCAAAGGGUCUUUUGCAGCUUUUGCAGACGGGCAAGAAGCUGCUUCUGCCCACAACGCAGGGACAGGCCCUGGAGAAAUGGGAGUUUGGGGAGAGGAUGGGAGCGGGCAGAGGUGGUGCCCAGGGGCCUGGGAACUCCUGCCACAACAGAAUAAAGCAGCCUGAUUGAAACGCAAA